CUUUAAUUCUGAGAUUCCACUGAAAACCGUGGUUCUAUAGAGAAAAUAACAUCAUAGCACUUUGUUCUUCUGUUGAAAAUAUUAAGAGGUUUUUGUUGCAGAAUAUUUUACCACAAAGACACAUCUUACUUCACUUUACCGGAGAUACAAAGCAGUAAAAGUGUGAGUCAAAACAGUUAAACUUAAAAGUUUCAUGUUGGUGCGUUUUCAGACAUGACGCUGUCGAAAUAUGUUCCAUCAGAAUCACUUCACAAAAAAAGCAGAACUAAGAGAGUCCGUGUCACUGUGUGUGAAAACUGAACUUAGGGCUAUGUAAGAAAUCAGAAAACUUUUAUCAAAGACGUCUGCUGCUGGAACACAGAAGCAUCUCUUCAGACAACUACAAAAGAUUUUCUCUGGCUCUGAGCUGAAGGAAGAGUAUAGAGAGAAAGAAAAAAAUGGAUCUGACCGAUCAUGGUCAUGAGUGCCUUGAGGAGAACAGCUGUUGAGAAGAACCUCACCUGGACCACACAGCCCUACCGACUCCCAGCAUCCCAGUAUGACGUCUGAUUCAGAGCAGGAUGCUGCAGUGAAGUUGGAACAGGAGCGAGCUGAGAUACUCGCCAAAUAUGACAAGGGUAAAGAAAGUGUGGAGGUGGCGCCGUGGGAGGAGGCCAAUUUUGAUCUGUAUAAAGCGGUGGACCGCUUCGGAUUCCUGCAUGAGGAUGAGCUUCCAGUGUAUGACUUAGUGGAGGAAAAGCAAAAACAUCUGGAAGUGGAGAGAACGACAAAAUGGCUGAAAAUGUUGAAGAGCUGGGAGAAAUACAAGAACAGUGACAAGCUGGUGAGGAGGAUCUAUAAGGGAGUUCCGCUGCAGCUCAGAGGUCAGGUUUGGUGUUUGCUGCUCGACGUCCCCAAAAUCAAAGAGGAGAAAAAGGACUUCUAUGAGAAACUGAAGAUCAGAGCCAGGGGACUGUCUCCAGAUGUCCGUCAGAUUGAUCUGGAUGUGAAUCGUACAUACAGAGAUCACAUCAUGUUCAUGCACCGCUAUGAUGUCAAACAGCAGGAUCUGUUUCAUGUACUCACAGCAUAUUCUGUAUAUAACACGGAGGUGGGCUAUUGUCAGGGCAUGAGUCAGAUCACUGCUCUGUUACUCAUCUAUAUGAAUGAGGAAGAUGCUUUCUGGGCACUGGUCAAACUGCUGUCUGGACAGAAACAUGCCAUGCAUGGUUUCUUUGUACCAGGGUUCCCUAAACUCAUGCGCUUCCAGGAGCAUCAUGACCGGAUCCUGCAGAAGAUGAUGCCUAAGCUCAAACAACAUCUAGAUAAUCAAGAGGUGUACACCAGCCUGUACACUAUGAAAUGGUUUUUCCAGUGUUUCUUGGAUCGGACUCCAUUCACACUUACAUUGAGAAUAUGGGACAUCUAUAUUCUGGAAGGAGAGCGAGUUCUAACUGCAAUGUCCUAUACCAUCCUCAAACUCCACAAAAAAACCCUCUUGAAGUUGUCCAUGGAGGAGCUUGUGAAGUUUCUGCAGGUGACUCUGUCAAAGGAUUUCUUUUUUGAGGAUGACUUUGUGAUAGAGCAGCUUCAACAUUCCAUGUCUGAACUCAGACGAUCUAAACUGGAGCUGCCACUUCCAGGUAAGGAGGAUGAGUUUCCUAAGAAACCAUUAGGUCAACUUCCUCCAGAGCCUCCAGGAUUUGCGAAUCAUGUGGCUAACGGGCAGUCGGUCAGGAAGACAGUUGAGGGACUUCCCCCUCGUGGUUCAAGCCCUGCCACAAGUAUCAGUAAACAAGCAGAGUCUGGUCCGGUCACUGAUGGAACACCAGAGAGGGACCAAGAAAGUCGGCCACCCAGCUCCCUGGACAAGGUGCCUCAUCCAGACAAGAGAGAGAGGAAUGGACGUGGUGUGGACACUCAAAAGGAACGGGUCCCAACCCAUAGCAGCGCAACAGCUGGUGGGAAGGCACUGUCCAAGAACCAGGCAAAUCACAACUCCAAUGCUAGAUCCAGUAUGCGCAGGGACAUUGGACCUCGUUGGGUCAAGCCUUCAGGGGACAAACUAGAAGCAGUCAAGAAUGCAGCACUUCGGGAAAGCCAGUCGAGUCUAACUAUGGGUGUUCCACCCUCGCCCAGCUCCCCAACUCCAGAGGAGGCCACCGGGGAACAGCGUCGACCCCGUUCACAAGCAUUUGUUCCAGGCUCAAACCGUGCCUCCAACGCCUCGCAAUACGACAAUGUCCCAGGACCAGACGGAGGGGUUAUGGAGAAUAUAGAGCUUGAGAAACCACCCUCUCGCCCCCCCUCCCGACCAUACGCCGGACCUUCUUUGAGACAGGGAAGUCCCACCUGCCCCCCUAGUGAUGGAACUGGUGUCUCUCCCUUUAGAAUGCCCAAACAGAGCAAACCAGAAACCCGUGCACCUUUGCACUACCCACCCGGCAUGAUUCCUGUAUACACUCCCUACAUUUCAGAUUCUCAGUCGGAGGAUAGACUAUAUGGCCAGCCAUUCACUGAGCAACUUCAUGCAACUACGGGACGUGGCUCGUCUAACCCUUCACCAGAGAAAAUGCUGAUGAACAACAGCUACUUAACCUACCGACGGCCACCCCCAAACAUGCCCCCUCUCAGGAUUGCUCCUGUCGAGCUUCCGUCCCAGAAAGACAGUGUUGAAGAGGGUGGGUAUAACAUGCGACAACCCACCCGACUGAUGGGCUCUCCAGCUUACCCGCCCACAGAACUGCGUUAUGAGCCACACAGACGGAGAGAGGGCUGGUAUGGGGACAUGGGGCCUCCACGAUCUCCUGUGGGACUACCUCGAUCUCCCAGCUUCCAGAAAGCUCAGCUCUCUCCCAUUCACCCCGUUCAGGAGUUUAACUUCGCCCCUGCAAAUAUCUCGGAUGCUGUGCUCCAUUUCAGAGGACCCUACCAAGAGCACUCUGGAAGACAACAGCUCCCCCCGCUGUUCGGAGGAACACACUACAGGCAGGCGCAGGAGGCCUUUGCAAUGCAGGAGUCCAUGCUGCUCUAAGAGGGACUGAGAUAGAGGGAUACACUGUAUGAGUGAUGGCUAGCAAGCAGUUUUGUGUUGGUUUAAUGUUUUUGCGUUCGUUUUUGUUUGUUUGUUUGUUUGUUCAUUUGUCUGGCAAGUCUUACCACACAAGAGUUGCCAUUUUCAGGCAUUUGUACUGAUGACUGAAGAAUUUACUGUUGCUUUUGUUUGUACAUUUCUGUCCGUAAUAUAACCAUUAACUGGCGAUGUGAGUAAUAUAACAAAGCUUAAAUGUGCAAAGAGAGAUUUUUUUUUCUUUGGUUAGCACACUGAGAUAUUUAAAUAGAGGGUUAUGGAGAGUCUUUUUCAUAUGGACAAACUCAGUUAAUGAUCAAUCAUCUAUUUUUUUAAUGCAUUUCAGACAUAAGCAUGUUUUAGAGGACACUUUAUUCCUUGAUUGUGAAUAUAUUUUAUAAGAACAAAGAUUUGUCUAGGUUAGAUAUGUAAAUUACAAACAGCUAACAGUGAACGUAAACACUGUUGGACAGAACAUUUCAAUGCAGCACUACAGUGUUCAAGUGAAAGUAAAAACCUUGUUUGUAAGGUUUGUUUUUUGAGGUUAUAUAUAAAAUGCAGAUAUGUAAUCUUAAA